AUGGGAAGUGUGGAAAUUGAGGCCCCUCGGGUGAAUACACUAGAAAAUGGAAACAUCAACGAAGACGAGGAGUCUCCUAUAGAAGAAGUCCGAUUAACUGUACCCAACGACGACGACUCUUCUCUUUCUGUAUGGACCUUCCGUAUGUGGUUCCUGGGCGUGCUCUCCUGCGCGCUCCUCUCAUUCCUCAACCAGUUCUUCGCCUACCGCAGAGAGCCCUUGGUCAUAACCCAAAUCACUGUCCAGGUGGCCACUCUCCCAAUCGGCCGCUUCAUGGCGGCUGUACUCCCAGAGACUAAGUUCCAUAUUCCAGGCUUCGGGAAAAGGGAGUUCUCUUUCAACCCGGGACCGUUUAACAUGAAGGAGCAUGUGUUGAUCUCUAUAUUUGCCAACGCUGGAAGCGCUUUUGGGAAUGGAUCCGCUUAUGCUGUGGGUAUUGUUACCAUCAUCAAGGCCUUUUACAACAGUAGCAUUUCCUUCUUGGCUGGAUGGCUUCUUAUCGUCACUACCCAGGUUCUAGGAUACGGUUGGGCCGGGCUCUUAAGGAAGUAUGUCGUUGAGCCGGCACAUAUGUGGUGGCCCGGCACCCUCGUUCAGAUCGCCCUCUUCCGGACACUGCAUGAAAAAGAAAAUGGAGAUAAUACAGACGGGGACAACAAAAAACGCAUGUCAAGAUCAAAAUUCUUUGUCAUUGCAAUGACUGGUAGCUUCCUCUGGUACUCGGUCCCCGAUUUCUUCUUCCAAUCCCUACAAAGUAUCUCAUGGGUCUGUUGGGCUUUUCCCAAGUCCAUCACUGCCCAACAACUUGGUUCUGGUUUUAGUGGACUUGGGUUCGGAGCACUGACCCUGGACUGGUCGGUUGUGGCUUCCUUCUUGUUUAGCCCUCUCAUCUGUCCAUUCUUCGCCAUUGUCAAUGUCUUUAUAGGCUAUGUCUUGAUUAUCUACAUUGUAAUGCCCAUAUCCUACUGGGGCCUCAAUGUGUACAACGCCAGAACCUUCCCCAUCUUUUCUUCCCACUUGUUCACUGCCCAAGGUCAAAGAUACAACACUACUGCCAUUGUUACCAAAAACUUGGAGAUUGAUUUGGUGCAGUAUGAGAAGCAGGGGAGGGUCAAUUUGAGUUCAUUUUUCGCUAUCACAUAUGGCUUUGGGUUCGCAACUAUUGCAGCCACACUCACUCAUGUGGCCUUGUUCUAUGGAAGGGAAAUUUACAAUCGAUAUCGUGCUUCUAAAGAAGGAAAGGAGGAUGUUCACACAAGAUUAAUGAAGAAGUACAAGGACAUACCUUCAUGGUGGUUUCACUUGCUCCUUGCUCUGACCAUCAUCAUCUCCCUUCUACUCUGCAUUUUCCUGAAAGAUGAGGUUCAAAUGCCAUGGUGGGCACUUAUAUUUGCUGCUGCACUUGCCUUCAUAUUCACCCUUCCCGUCAGCAUCAUAACAGCCACUACAAAUCAGACGCCAGGGCUGAAUAUAAUCACAGAGUACAUAAUGGGGGUCAUAUGGCCAGGAAGACCUAUAGCUAAUGUCUGCUUCAAAACCUAUGGCUAUAUGAGCAUGGCUCAGGCGAUCUCCUUUCUCAGUGAUUUCAAGCUAGGCCAUUAUAUGAAGAUCCCUCCAAGAUCAAUGUUCUUGGUUCAACUCAUUGGAACCAUCUUAGCUGGAACAGUAAAUCUCGGUGUAGCACUGUGGCUUCUAGACUCCAUUGACAACAUAUGCCAAGACAAUCUGCUUCCAGCAAACAGUCCUUGGACAUGCCCUAGUGACCGUGUCUUCUUCGACGCAUCUGUUAUAUGGGGUUUGGUUGGACCCAAGCGGGUUUUUGGAUCUCUUGGAAACUAUGGAGCACUCAACUGGUUCUUCCUUGGAGGACUGUUGGGUCCAGUUGUAGUAUGGCUCUUGCACAAGAAAUUCCCUAAACAAUCUUGGAUACCCCUUAUCAAUCUUCCAGUACUUCUGGGAGCAACUGCUUCUAUGCCACCAGCAACACCGGUGAACUAUAAUGCCUGGAUUUUGAUUGGAACCAUCUUCAACUUUUUUGUGUUCAGGUAUAGGAAGAAAUGGUGGCAGAGGUAUAACUAUAUCCUUUCAGCAGCUUUGGAUGCCGGGGUUGCUUUCAUGGCAGUUCUUAUAUACGUCUCUUUGGGCAUUGAGAAUAAAAACCUGCACUGGUGGGGUGCUGAUCCGGAUAUUGACCCUGAGCACUGUCCUCUUGCAUAUUGCCCCACAGCCAAGGGCGUGAUAGUGGAUGGCUGCCCUGUCUUUUAAUUAAUCUA